AUGACAACUUCCAAUAAACAUGAUUGGUAUCUAGAUGAUAUAUCCGUGAAAAAUUCAACAUUAGUAGAAAUGUUGACAAAUGGUGAUUUUGAAAGUAGUCCAACAUUAACUGGAUGGAAUACUGGAUCUGGUGGAGCUAUAUCUAGCGCUCAAUCCCAUUCAUCGAGUCAUUCCUUUUAUGCCUCUAGUUCUACAUCGAUCUCACAAUCGUUUAGUGCCAUAAGUGGUGUCAUAUAUACUAUUAGUUAUUGGGUCUAUUCUGAGAAAACAUCAAAUGGUAACGAUAAUGAUGCAGUCUUGGAUGUGACACUGAAUUAA